GCGUAGGGAGUGUGUGCAUUCGUACUCUUCUUGCCCGAUCAUCGAUGUGUUGUUUGUGGUCCGUAACCGUGCUAAAUUACAAUACCGUGUUUGAACUAACGGUAAAUCAGUGAAAAUGCCGCUGAGUAUAGGAGUGAAUCUCCGAGUAACAGGCCACUGCAAUCAGGGAGGCCGAAAAUACAUGGAGGAUAUGUUUAGCGUAGCAUACCAGCAAACCGCCGACGACAAAGACCUCGAGUACGCUUUUUUCGGUAUAUUUGACGGGCAUGGCGGCGGUGAGGCGGCCACGUACGCCAAGGAACAUCUCAUGGACACUAUCGUCAAACAGAAGAACUUCUGGUCUGAUAAAGAUGAGGAUGUUUUAAGAGCCAUACAGGAUGGAUACAACAACACCCAUCAGGCUAUGUGGCGACAGCUCGACAAAUGGCCGAGAACAGCUUCGGGUCUUCCUAGUACAGCUGGUACAACGGCAAGUGUUGCUUUCAUUCGAAAAGGAAAAAUUUACAUAGGUCAUGUCGGAGACUCAGGAAUUAUUCUUGGGUACCAGGACGAAGGAGAACUUUAUUGGAAAGCUAAAGCUCUCACCAAAGACCACAAACCAGAAAGUAAGCGUGAGAUGACCAGAAUCCAAGCUUGUGGCGGAAAAGUAGUCAGUAAAUCCGGUGUGCCCAGGGUAGUCUGGAACAGACCAAGGAUCGGACACAAGGGACCUGUUCGUAGAUCGACUCAUAUUGAUGAGAUUCCGUUUCUUGCAGUUGCUAGGUCAUUAGGUGAUCUUUGGAGCUACAACUCUGAACUUGAUAAGUUCGUGGUAUCACCUGAGCCUGAUGUAGCUGUUGUAGCAGUGGAUGUGAAGUCCCAUCGUUGUCUUAUCUUUGGAACAGAUGGCUUGUGGAACAUGCUAUCCCCACAGUUAGCUGUAUCAAUUGUCCAAAAUGCCGAAAGACACAAUGAAAAACAUCUUAUUGCUUCUCAGCAAACCGGUAAUGGGCAUACAGAUAUACAAAUGUGGAUAAAUCCAUCCAAAAGUCUGGUAGAUAGAGCCUUGGAAAGGUGGUCAUCAACAAGACUUAGAGCAGACAACACCAGUGUUGUUACUCUAAUGCUGGAUCCACCUGGACCGUCACGAACUGAGGUUUUGCUUGGUCAGAAGAGUUGCAAAGAAAAAGAACGCCCGAUAUCACCAAAAGGAAUUCCUCAACGGGUAAUACUUUCCCCAGUUCCCAGUACUUCUGAACAAGUUGAGUACGAGCCAAAUUACUCCACAAAACCUGAAACCAAUCCUAAUUUGUACGCCGCCCAACCGCAACCACCAGUACCAAAUUUCACGAAGACUGAUGAAAGUGAAAAUGAGUCUAAACAACCAGAUUCAUCGGAUAAUAUUGUGGAUGCUAUGGGAAAAAUUACAGAAGUAGCUAAUAUUUUACAUAAAGAAAGGCUACCUGCAGUGUCAAAACCUUUGGUAGAGCAGCAUAAUCCGAAUUUGAAAAAUCAACCACUCAAUGUUACAAAGCCUUUGACUAAAUGUUCGCAACAAUGUCAUGAAAGUCCUCAAAGAGAACUACGUAGUAGAGAGAGUAUACAAGUUGCGGAAGUAUCAUCAAGCGUUUGUUCCGACAAUGUACAACGAACAGAAGGUUCAACAAAAUCGGAAGACGUGUCUACAACAAAAUUAGAGAAAAGCGAUCAGCCUGUCCAUUCCAAAAGGAUACCUGAUCACAAAUCCAUGGGAAGUCAAAAUAAUCAUAACUUACAAAGUCUGAAUAGACAAGUGCCAAAACCUAGCAGAAUGUCUGAUCAUAAAACCAAAGAAGAAUCAAAUAAUUUGCACCAUAUGGUUAGACAAAAUGCAUUUAACGGUUCUUGCGAUGAAUUGAAACCUGGCACAGCUGUUGGUACGAAACGAAGACACAGUACACUAGCACAGGCUGAUGAGAGUUGUAAUUCGGAACCUAAUCUGAAGAGGCGAACACGUUCCGAGGAUCAGAGAAUUCUGCCGAUAGACGAAAAUGACCCAGCAAAUCAAGGUAAAGACAGUCACACUCGACUAUCAUGGCCGGAUAAAUGGGAGGUUACUGGAGAAGGACCUGAAAAUACAAGGACCAACCAGAGAAGAAGUUUAGAGAAGAAGGCUACACCCGUGAAAACCAUUAGGAGGCCUUCAAUAAAUGGUGGAAAUCGAAUACAGCUGAGAGGAAGUUUCACCGUUCAAAGAGAACGAGUAAAUAUAACAAGUACGCCUGACUUACCACCGCAGAGAUGGUUACGAUCUGAUACAAUCGCAGCAACCCCUAUUAAAACUUUACGCUCAAGGAAUGUUGAUAUCAUGGGUCAUACAGUACCGCCUCAAAUGGCCAGUCAAUAUGAUAUCGUGAAAGCGAACAGGCUUUCAUUACCCAGUAAAUUGAAGCAAACGUCAUCUUCAUCUGGGCCACAAGCGAGUCCAAGCGGUUCAGGUAUAGCGAAACGGGUAAAAUCACCGUACAAUCCCAGCGCCCGGUCACUAUCGACCCGGUCUAGAAUAAAACGCCUCAGUAAAUAAAGGUAACAUAAUUAAUAACAAAAGUUAUGAGAAAAUUUGAAUUAAGGCCAGUGUAUCUGCCUUAAAUGCGAUUGAAACGCAAUUUAUUAUACUUGCAUUCCUUGUUUAAUUCAAUUCAAUCAUUUCUCACUCUUAGGCACAUUCGAUAAGAAAAUCGAAAUCGCGUUUUAUUGUGUAAAGUAGAAAUGGCGCAAAAUCGAUUUCUUUAUGCUUAGUUAUGUAUACUCCAAUUUAACAGUGAAAGCUAUUUUCAAAGUAAUCCUGAUGAAUUUUCAUUAUCGAAAACGAUGGGUAGUUAACCUUGCCCUAAUAUUAUUUAUACUAACUAACAAAUUAUCCAAUCAUUAUGUUUGCCCUACCUGCGUUUCAUCUAUAAUAAUGCUUUUAGUUCAGAACUUCUAAUUUUCAUCUACAGUUGUAUCUUCAUAUUUCAAGAAGUAUACUUCGCAAAUAUGCUCUGAACAUUUGAGUACUUGAAGAUGUCUAUACCUUUGAGAUAUUUUUCUGAGGAUAUUCGAUCAUUUUUUCUCCCGAAAUAACUAUCAUUUUAUCAUAUAACAUUAGUCCAUCACUUCACAAUGAUGAAAUUAUUAAAUUUUCAUAAUCAUACCAACAGUAAUGCUUCGAAUAUUCGAAUAUUCCUAAAUAAUGCUUAAAGUAAAUAACAUAACAAUAAAUGUGUCAUUUUUCUCGAUUUCUUGUCUAUUUCCUUCCUCUUCUUUUUGAUAACUGCAUUUUAAAUAUCUAUUUCGCAAAUCCAACAAAAGGAAGAAAAAAAAAUUCACUUGCAAAUAUCUUUUAGUUUUACUACAUUUUUGGCAAUUUAGUGUUUGAUGCAUCAUAAUUUUAGAAACAGCUUGAUAGGUAACAUAAAUAUGGUGCAGGUGGUCAGGAGGCUACAGAUCGAUUUUGUUCAAACUACUUUUGUAUUUGAAAAAAGAAAUGUCCGGUUACAAACAACGAUGAUUUUGUACCAAUUGAUGGAAUAAAUAGAGUAGAACUGUAUAUGACGCAUGUGUGCUUUAGUUACUGUUCUACUUUUCGUACUUCAUUUAUUUUUCAUGUUGUAUGGACAUUUCAAAGUGUUGAUGCAUUAUUUUUGUAAACAAAGCAUUAGUAUUUUGAACGGAACGGCCAAAAUUUAGUGCACGGAGCUUCGUAGUGUUACUGCGUCAGGUUGAACGGACAUUUUUUCUCUUCAUUUAUCAACGAACUUGAAUUACCUUUUUCUUCAUUCAAAAAAAAGAAAACUGAUUUCAUUUACAGUAACGCCUGUUUUAUUUCUAUUUCGAAUAUUUCUCAGUGAGUGCUUUAUAGUCUAUGUGAGCCAGCGGUGAUUUUAAGAGUGGAAAAACUUGUAGCGAGGAUAAACUGUAUGAAGUACAACACUAUUCGUAAUUCAAAAUCUUUUCUUAUUAGCGAAUUAAAAGAAGAAAUUGCAGGGAUUACAGUAUCAGAGGAUGCUGUGUACAAUACUUUUAUGAAUCCAUUUCUGGUGUCCAACAACCAAUAUUAAUUUGGUUACAACUUUAUUUAGCACAAAGGAUGAAGAUUUUUUUUCCCAUUGUAAUGAACAAAAUUUAUUUUCACUUGGUCUAACUUAAUUAUUUUUGUUGGUUGGUUGCUAACACUAAAAUACAGUACAUGUUACUAAAUUUUCUACAUUCACUGAUUUGCCUUUGCUAGUAGUAGUAAAAAUUCAGUAGGAGCUUUGUGACCAAUAUUAGUGAGUAAAUAUGUACAAUUACAAUAAUUAUAUAGAGUUGUUGAAAGAUCUAUAUUUAUGAGAGAAUGAAAUGAUUGUCUUCUGUGGAAUAGCAAACCGACAUCUGUUGUGCUUAUUUACUGUAGGAUUUUAAUUUCAAACCGAAUAAUUUCCGUUCCGCAUAACUGAUGUAUAAUAAAUGUUUAAAUACAUGUGCAUUCAAAUAUGUCUGUAUAUUUGACUGUAUUCCAAUAUUUUUCUAUUCUCAUAUAAGUCAUAUAUUUCCUAAAUGAUGCAUUACACUUUGACGUAAAACUUAAGCAAUAUCUGUUAUAAGUUUAUCGAUGUUUUUGUCAAGAUAUGUCGAUGAAUUUGAUACCUUGCACUGAAUUUUGCUAAUAUAUAUAAUUUUUUUUUAAAUUUUUUAUAGAUUCUGGAGAAGUAGAAAAACGAUUACCUGUGAAGUAUUUGAAGUUCUGAGUUCCGUCGGUUCUAUUUAUGUUGAUCUGUGCAUUAAUCACAUUAAUGAGCUACUUAAAAACUUAUGUUAGGUACAUCACUUUCUUACAGGUCACCAAUGCAAACGAAAUGUUUUAUAGGAAUUACAUGGAGAGUACAAAAAAUUCUUGAUACUAUGCUUCAUUUGAAUUUUUACCAUUUCAAUUGAACAUUGAAUCUCUGAAUUCUAGUACAAUGGUAUUUGAAUUGAAACAUGGAUUACAAUGCAAUCAUUUUGUCAAUAUCAUUUCAACAACAGAAAUGUACUUUGUAUAAGUUGGAUAAAUGGUAUAGACAAAAAAAAAUUCAAAAAAAUUAAUUUAAUGCGGCAAAAACAUGUGAAGACAUGAUUUCUAGAUUUAUUUUACAUCACUUCAGUCUUGAGACACUUAUUGCGUAUGCACGGAAACAUUACUUUGUGAACUUUAUUUGUAUUUAAACUACCCAAAAUAGAAUGUUUAUUAACUCAAAAUUAGUAUUAUCCACUCAAAAUUUUAUAAACUUGAUACAGCACGAUGGAUGUCUGUGAUUGCUAUAUAAGUCAUUGUUGAUAGGUAAUAAUUAAACUAAGAAAAACAAUUUUAAACUUGCUAUAUACAAGAAAAGUAUAUACUUUGUGUAUAAACAAAUUUCAAUCACAAUGAAAAUGAAAACGUGCCUAUAUGAUAGUUACCAGCUGGAUACAGAGAUCUAAGUUUACAGCUUUUAAAUUGUGAAUCAUACUGAUUAAUGGUAUACUUAUGUAUGAAAUAUACCUAUUCAUAAAUAGGUGACAAUAUGAAAUAUAUAAGUAUUUUGUAAGAAUGUAAUUUUACUGUAGCUGAACAAUAGUAUAAAAAGAGAUAGCCUUAUCGUUUAUAAAAAAAAUUUGAACAAAAGUGUGAUUACAUUACGUUUUUAAACUGUAUAUUUCAAUAAAUAAAGUCGAUUCUUCA